AUGUACAAUCCAUAUGGAAAUGGGGGUUACGGGAAUGGAAUCCCACAAUUCCAGCAGAAUGUUUAUCAAGGACAGCAGCAGCCCCAGCAGCAGCCUCAACAACAGGCUCAGCAACAGGCCCAGUUCCAACAACCGCAGCCCACUGGUUUUCAACCCUCUUCCUCCUUUGGUGUAGGCUUGGUGGCUCAACAAACUGGAAUUCAGCCUCAGGGUUUGCAAAACAAUCCAGCUAUGUUUCAACAGCAGCAAUUUCAGCCGGGUCUGCAGUCUCAACAAACCGGAUUUAACGCUCAAGUUAUUCAAAGUCAGCCAACAGGUUAUUCUCAACCAACCUCAUCGGCUGCUCCAACUCAAAAAGGGCAUGAACUGAAGAUUCCUGCUAUUAGACUGUCUUUCAUUACUCAACAGGACCAAGAGAAAUUUGAACAAUUGUUCAAGUCUUCUGUUCCUCCUGGUGAAAAUGCCAUUGAUGGCUCAACAGCAAGGGACAUCCUCCUCCGAUCCAACAUUCCUUCCUCGCAAUUGGCCGAGAUUUGGACAUUAUCUGAUACUACUCGUUCAGGUAAACUGCUCUUUCCAGAAUUUGCUCUGGCGCUGCAUCUUUGUAAUGUUGUCUUGCGAGGUGAGAACUUACCGUUUGAGUUGCCAACGACACUGAAAAAUGAAGUUUCAAGUUUUGUGGAUGUUAUCAGUUUUGGUGUAGGUGAAGAAGAUGACACUCAGAAUAACAAUACACCUUUUAGUAACGAUCUACUGUCUUCAGCGCAAACGAGCCAACAGAAUCAACAAAACCAACCAUUGUCUUUUCAGCAAACUGGAUUUCAAUCAUCUAAUCAAGUGCCACAACUUCCACAAACAAGUUUUGGAAAUAUAGGAAUACAAUCCCAGCCUACUGGACUACAGCCCGUGCCUGCGCAGAAAACGGGUAGUUUAGUACCUGUAGUAACUGGGGGGCUAUCAGCACAACAAACUGGAUUUCGACCACUUCAAUCUCAAUCAACUGGCUAUCAGCCACCAUUACAGAACCAGACAACUGGUUACCAACUACCAUUACAGAACCAAACGACUGGCUAUCAGCCACCAUUGCAGAACCAAACGACUGGCUAUCAGCCACCAUUGCAGAACCAGACAACUGGAUAUCAGCAACCACUGCAGAACCAAACAACUGGAUAUCAGGCACCGCUUCAAUCUCAAACAACCGGCUAUAAGCCACUACAGGCCCAAACAACUGGGUUUCAGCCUCCAUUGCAGAACCAAACCACAGGUUAUCAACAGCCUCUACAAAGUCAGAACACAGGCUUCCAACAGCCUCUACAGUCCCAGACAACAGGCUAUCAGCCAUUGCAAUCUCAAACCACCGGAUAUCAGCAGCCCCUACAGUCUCAGCUUACCGGCUUUCAACAGUCUCUGCAAUCCCAACCAACAGGUUUGCAACCGAUGCCGACCGGAAAACCAGGUCAAUGGGGAUUUGUUGCCACACCAACUGGUGGGCUCCCAGGCCUAGAUAUGAUGCAGUCGCAUUUCAUGCCUAACUCUUCCACUCAGCUUUCGCAACUCCAACAACCAAUGAAUGCUCAAAGUAACACAAAUGUUCCAUGGGCAAUCACAAAGAAUGAGAAGCAAAUAUAUGAUAAGAUUUUCAAAGAAUGGGAUCAAGAUCAUAAAGGCUACAUUGAUGGUCCUAGUGCAAUUUCGAUUUUUGGCAAGUCAGGCCUUGCGAGACAAGAUUUGGAGAAGAUUUGGAAUUUAGCAGACCAAAAUAACAGGGGAAAGUUGAAUAAGGACGAAUUUGCAGUUGCAAUGCACUUAGUUUAUAGAAGAUUGAACGGAUUAGACAUUCCUAAUGUUCUUCCGCCUGAGCUAAUCCCUCCCUCAUCCAAGAUCUUGAAGGAGAGUCUAAAUGAUAUGAAAAGUAAAUUUAGACAAUCAAACUUUGGAAGCUCUUCUAAUAAUUUAUCAAAAUCUGGAAGAGAUGGAACCCGAUUCAAGAACAAUGAUGACGAUUUUGGGUAUAAACUCUCAAUCCCGGAAUUAAAGAAGCUGGUUCAUGAGAAACAAAUCAUCCUGGAUGCUUACGACUCGCAAGAUACUGAUGUACAGAAGCAAUCUGAUCAACUUACCCAAAAGACAGGCCAUGAUAUAGAGAUUCUUAAAGCUAAGAUCAAGAACAUACAAUCUGAACUGAAUGAAAAGCAGCCAUUUGACUCGAAUGCUCCUGGUUUAUCGAAGCGUGAUUUGAGGCAAAGAAUCGAUUCACUUUCUGAUAAAGUUUCGCACAUAAUGGACCAGAUAUUUAAUGUGGAAGAACAAAUUCAGAACGCUAAAAUUGAACAAGCUAGGCUACGCAUUGAGGAGGAAAACCCAUCUGGAGUCGAACUUAAAGGUACAGGACCAAAUGGUAUAAUUACGGAGUCAGAUAAGCGCCAUGCAAAGUCCCGCGCCAUAUUGAAAUCUCGUAUGGCUUCACUUACGGGUAAGACAGCUCCAGAUAUCAAUGCGUUUGAAGCAAAUGAGGAGAAGUUGGCUGAGGAAGUUGUACGCAUUAAGGCUCAAACCACAGAAGGCAGGUCUUUGAUUGAAGAUGUGCAAAACUCGAUCAAGGAUCUGAAAGAUUCUGCAUUGAACUCCCUGGAGGAAUCUGUCAGCUCAGAAGUUGGCUUUGAGAAAUGGGAAAAAGGACAAGGUGUAUCUUCGAAGGAAGUCAAAGAACUGAUCAAGCUACUCAAUGACUCGAAACCUAAGGUGGCACCAGUUUCUGUUAAGCAGGAUGUUGUUGCUGAGCAAGCACCAUCCAAGGUGGCCUCAGUGCCAGUCUCCCAAGAAUCUACUGGAUCCAGCAGUGUUGCCUCUGAACCACAUGGGACUCCGGAUUCUUAUUCUUCCUACAAGAACCCUGCAGAUAGAGCAAAGUAUAUUAAAGAGCAAGCUGAGAAAAGAAUGAAUGAAAGGCUGCAAAAGCUCGGAAUUUCAAGAAAAGCAAAGAGUUCUUCAUCUCCACCAGUGAACCAAUCUUCCCCACACGACAAAGCUGCCCAGUCACCUAUCCGUUCCCCAGUAGGUAAUGCUCAAACUUCAGAAGUUAUCAAGAAACCAACUGCGACCAGUUCAGACAACAACGCGGAGCGUCUUCCCGAAAAAGAGACCCCGGCAAAGGAAACUGUAUCGGCAAAGAAUCCUGAAUACAAAGAGGAAUCUAGCGAUGACGACAAUGACGAAGAAUUGAGGAAACUAAUGGAGGAGAAGGCAAGACUGGAAGAACAGCAUAAGCAGAAGAAGUUGAAAAAGAAACAGGAGAGAGAAGCAAAACUGGCUGAACUUAGGAAACAAAUGGAAGAAAUGAGGAAGGCUGAAGAAUCAGAUGAUAGUUGGGAUGAAAAGACCCCCUCUCAAGUUCCAACCCAACCUCCUCCUCGUGAAACUCCGGCGCAAGUCCCUGUAGUGAAUAUUGACUCAGUUAAAUCAGUACCCGAGAAGCCCAAAGAAAUAGUUAGGGAACCAGUCCCUGUCGUACGUUCUGCUACUUCAAGCGAGCAUAAUCCAUUUUCCAAACCAUCAACAGACACUGCAACUCCAAUUCAAGUGGCCUCUUCAAAUCCAUUUUUCAAGCCCCAACAAUCAGAACCAGUUGUGGAUCCAGUUAAGAUUGAGGCCCAACGAUUGGCUCAACGAGGUGCAGUUGCUAAUGACGACGAUGACGAUUGGGGUGAUUCAGAUGGCAACGAUUCUAGUGAGGGUGAAGCACCUACUAGAAAUUCAGGACCAGCACAUUUAGCAAGUUUAUUGUUCCGAAAUGGUAGCCUUCCUAAAGUUCCUACCACAGAAAGCUCUUCUGAAAAGAGAGAGGUUCCUGCUUCAUCACAAUCCUCGACACUAAAUUUGCAACCAGAAUCACAAGCACAGCCUACUAAAAUUGAGACAUCAAAAGCUGGAAGCUCUGAUUCCGAUUCUGACUCUCAGUUUGGAACGCCAACUUCUGGAGCAGCAGAUGACACUUUCUCACCUCCUCCUAUCCCGGAAGCACCACCAGUUCCCCAAGCGCCACCAAUUCCUCAAGGCAUCGCACCUCCUCCUGUCCCUCAAACUUCGGCAGGUUCAUUUAGUCCCCAGAUUGAAGCUUCACCAGCUCAACCUGGAAUAGUGACUAACCAUUCUGGAAGUAGUGUGCCUCCUGUUCCGCAAACAAGCGUUCCAGCAGCACCCCCUUCGGCACCUCCUCUGCCACAGACGAGUGCACCUCCAGCACCUCCUGCUCCGCCCAUACCACAGACGAGUGCGCCUCCAGCGCCUCCAGCACCUCCUGCUCCGCCCAUACCACAGAUGAGUGCACCUCCAGCACCUCCAACACCACAAAUUGCUGCUCCAUCUGCUCCCACUCCACCGGCCACUCUUGGAGGUGGACUGUCUGCUCUUUUGGGGGAAAUCCAAGGAGGAAAAGCCCUCAGGAAAGUUGACCCCAGUAGUCAGCACAUCAGCGAAGGCACAACUGUUGGUAGGGUAUUAUAG